AUGUCUCAAUCACUCAGCGAAAAGACAGCAGCAGCAGAAACUUACUCGUUUACAGAAAAAGUCGAAUCAACAAGCAUAGCGUCUUCACUCGAAAAAGGAACUGUGCAGAAUGAAGCUACAUUCGUGAAAUCCCCAGAAGAAGUCAAACUCGUGCGCAAAAUCAAUAGAAUCUUCAUGCCUCUCGUCGGUCUUGCCUUGUUUAUCCAGUUCAUGGAUAAAUCGACACUUGGUUAUGCUGGCAUCAUGGGCAUCUAUGAAGAUACAGGCAUCUCUCAUAACCAGUUUGCUUGGCUUGGUAGUGUGUUCUAUGUGGGUUAUUUAGUUGUGCAGAUCCCAAACCAGUAUUGUCUACAGCGGCUACCGAUCUCCAAAUACCUUGGUACCAUUUUUGUUGUUUGGGGCAUUUCUCUUGCUCUCACUGCUUUGGCGCAUAAUUUUGCACAGCUGGCAGGAUUGCGUUUCCUGUUGGGAUUCUUUGAGGGUACUACAUAUCCAGCUAUGUUCCUGCUCAUUGCCACAAUGUAUCGUCGAUCUGAGCAAAUUGUCUGGUACUCUUUUAUGUUCAUGUGCAAUGCCUUGUGCGGAGCAUUUGGAGGUCUCGUCGCCUAUGGUGUAGCUUACAUGCACGGUCUCAAGGGAAUGAGCUCCUGGAAAUGGCAAUUCAUCAUCUGGGGCUGUCUCACCGUUGUUGCUGGAGUACUAUACUUUUUCUUUUUGGCUGACAAACCCAAGUCGCGCUGGUUUUUCCUUACUCCUGAAGAAGAAAAGAUUGUCGAUGCUCGCACCAAAGACAACGCAUCUGUGCAAAACAAGGAUAUCAAAAAAGAACAUAUUUAUGAAGCCUUACGCGAACCUCGUUUAUACUGCUACUUCUUGAUGUCGCUUUUCCUCAACUUGCAGAAUGGUGCAGUUACACUGUUUAGCCAGCAAAUUACUCAACAGAUGGGUUUCUCGCAAUUAAACACAAUUCUGAUGGGUAUCCCGCACGGCGCCGCUACGAUCGUACUACUGGUUGGUAGCUCCUUUUUUAGUCGCCGGUUCGACGAACUUGCAUAUGUUGGCAUGAUAUUCUCUGCAAUUUCCAUGGUAGCCGUCAUUUUGCUCGCUGCUAUCCCACCAGGACCCGCCCAACUGGCUGGCCUGCUGAUUUCGGCUACAACACCACUUUACACCCUCAUGCAAGCUUCCAUUUCCAACAAUGUUUCGGGUUAUACCAAAAAAAUCUUUUACACAUCAGCCAACUUGGUGGCCUACUGUAUUGGUAAUUUUAUCGGUCCAUUGAUGAUGGAUGAGUCAACUGGACCUCGCUAUAUCCCAGGCAACGCUGGUUACGCUGUCGCGGAUUUCUUGUGCAUUUUACUGUUCGGCUACAUCCGCUGGGCAUACAUCAGAGAGAACAAGCGCAGAGCGCAGCUUUUACAAGAAGGCAGUAUUCCUCCUCCACCAAAGAACCGUGAAGAGCUGGAUCUCACCGACAAGGAAGAUCUGUAUUUCGUAUACAAGCCCUAA